UAAAUUAGUUACUUAGGCUUGUCCACUGCAAUAAUCAGAUCUCAUCAGUGGCAGUAGCUUGCAGCUGAUAUCUGAUACUGUCAUCGCCAAUGAGUUGAAUGGGAGAAUUUAAAUUGUACAUGAUAUCAGUUUUUUGUAACCAUGAUUACAGUGGCACUAGUUACAAAACAUACAACACUUUUUGCAUAGGGCAAGAUUUAAAAUACAAUGGUGUUUGCAGCUAUUUGAGGUUAUCAAUGAAAGGUAUGAAACUUGCUUUAUCAUAGCAUUCUGAUUCUGGUUUGGUUUGUCCUCGGGUUUGCCCAUGUUAAUAUCAAUCGAGAGGACGUUGUGGGACGUGCUGUUUUCUUGAUCUUGGUUAGCAAGCUCCGAAAUAGAGCGGAUGGCAGCUCCGAGAAGAUCACCUUUGGUAGAAAGCACUGCAGUCCUGGCACACCAACUGACUCGAGUUGUCCUGCACUGCAGGAUUUGUUGAAUGAUCUUCAUCUUUUAUCAUAACUUUCACUUAUUCUAUCUAAUAAAUGACUAGCGGUUUAGCGAUCACGCUCACGGUCUUGUUGUUGUCCGGCUGCCAGUGUUGCCGGCAAAAAUAAUAUAACACAUUUGUAAACAAAAUACACGAUGGCCAUCUUGUGUAAUUUGUUUACAAAUGUGUUAUAUCAUUUUUUCAUGUCAAAAAAUUACAUUUUAAAAAGUGUAUAUUUAAAAAAUAUGUUCAAUUUAAUAAUGUUUCAUAUAUUGUAGAGAUGUGAUAUGGAUACGAACAUUUUAAAUUUACGGAUCGCUAGUGGAUCAACUAACGAUCAAUUUAUGUGGAACACCAGUAAUGUACGCAUGAAUUUGUGGAACCUGAGGAAUAACGGUGAAAUUUGUCAUUUGAUAGUAGAUGGAGGGUACACGCUUUCCCCGGUACUUCUAACACCGGAAAACAUGGCAGUUCCAGGUACCCCAGAAAUGGCUUAUUCCAAUUCGCUACGCACUACGAGAUGCAAAAUCGAGCAGAUAAACGGCAUAUUGAAAGGAAUGUGGAGGUGCCUUUGCAAUUUGCGGGGACUGCAUUAUACUCCGCAAUUUGCAACUGAAAUUAUUCAGGCUUGUGUAAUAUUACACAUUUUUCGCAAAAAUAAUGACGUUCCAACACCACGAUUGCCUGUUUGUCGAGGCCUCUUCCAACAGCCAGACAAUGACCCACACAGCAUGAAAUAUUUCCGAAAUAUUUCGGAAAUAUUGGAACGAAAUAUUUGAAAUAUUCCAGGAAUCUUUCGAAGAAAUAUUUCUGAAAUAAUGUUAUGUCCCUCGAAUUCCUAUAUUGAAAUAUUUUUUGAAAGAAUUCAGAAAUAUUUCUGAAAUUUUUCACGAAAUAUUUCAGAAAUAUUACUGCAAUAAUAUCAUUUCAUAAAAUACCCCGCCUUGCAAAUCUCUCAUGAAAUAUUUCUGAAAUGUUUCUAAAUUAUUUUGUGGCACGAAGUCUCCUGGGAUUUGUAUUUGAA